AUGGGAGAAGCAAAUUCCAAAGCCACAAGGCCCUCACACCGCAGGAGAAGGGGUCUAGAUCUCCAGCCCUCAGCCCAUCAAAUCCUGGACUCCACCGCCGCUGGCCCCAUCCUCACCCGGACCUCGCUCUCCCGAGUCUCCACCAAGGACCAUGCCCAGGCUGUUCCCAUCCUGCCCCUGGGCCUGGCCCCAGACACCUUUGAUGACGCCUAUGUGGGCUGCUCAGAGGAAAUGGAGGAGAAGGCAGCCUCCCUGCUAAAGGAGGAGAUGGCCCGCCAUGCCGUGCUGCAGGAGUCCUGGGAGGCAGCCCAGGAGGUCUGGGAGCACAGGCGUCAAGGGCUCACCUUGCCCCCUGGCUUCCAGGCCCAGCACGCGGUGGCGAUCAUGGUGUACACCAACUCAUCUAACACCUUGUACUCAGAGCUGAACCAGGCUGUGCGGAUGGGUGGUGGCUCCUGGGAACUCUACAUGAGGCACUUCCCCUUCAAGGCCCUCCAUUUCUACCUGAUCCGGGCCCUGCAGCUGCUGCGGGGCAGCAGGGGCUGCAACAGGGAUCCUGGGGAAGUGGUGUUCCGAGGUGUUGGCAGCCUUCAUUUUGAACCCAAGAGGCUGGGGGACUCUCUUCGUUUGGGCCAGUUUGCCUCCAGCUCCUUGGAUGAGGCAGUGGCCCGCAGAUUUGGUAAUGCCACCCUCUUCUCUCUAAGGACUUGCUUUGGGGCUCCUAUCCAGGCCUUGUCUGUCUUUCCUGAGGAGCGUGAGGUGCUGAUACCCCCCCAUGAAGUCUUCUUGGUCACCAGGUUCUCCCAGGAUGGAGCCUGGAGCCUAGUGACUCUCUGGAGCUAUAAUCAGACCUGCAGCCACUUUAACUGCGCCUAUCUGGGUGGGGAAAAGAGGCGGGACUGUGUAUUGGCAUCAAGUGGUUAGCCAGAUUCACCCUUCAAGAAGGCCUUCUCUCUGCUCUCUUGGAAGACCAUGCUUUUGGUCCCUGGGAGGUUCCAGUUCUCAGGAGCUGACCCCUGAAAAUCCAACACCAGUCCUGGGAACUAGUGGCUCUCGUAUGAAGAAGGGGGGGCUUUGAACAGCCUCGAAGCAAGUACAUGGUUCUGGACCCAGCCCUAGUAGCCAUCUCCCCAGGGCCAGCAUGUGGGGGGACUUGAGGCCAGGGUAGGGUAGAGGGAAUCCCACUAGGUGGUGGGGACUUCCUAGGACAAACAAGGGUAGUGCUGUGAUGGUCACUUGAUUAAAUGGUUUUGCAGUGUGGAGACAUCAAAUUUCAUGAUUGGUUUUUUCCAUGAGGCUGGAACAUCUGCCUUGCUCUGGCCAUGCCAGACUCAGGACUGAGGGACUGAAAAAUAAUAACCUCUUGGUACCUGUCAUACAUUGUAACUCGCAAAUCUGGAAGCUUUAGCAGCCAGAAGUUCCUCACAACAACGCUGAAGGCCGUGUUUGUCAGAUGAGGAGUGAAAGGCCAAGGAAGGAAGCCACUUGCCCAUGGUCAGAGAAUUAAGUGUUGAAACCAGGUCUCCUGCCUCCCAGUCCAGAGCUCUUUCCACCAAAGUAUUUGAGGAAGCCCAAGUAGAAUUCUGAGCCCAAGAUACCUGGGACCCCAGAGCAAGCCAUUUUCUACCUGCCCCGCUCCCUCAAGGGUCCAUUUCUGUGGGGAUGAAGGACCUCAAAACAUCAAGAGGCAGGAAUUCUCACAUACUCUGAAGGCAUCAGACAAGAACAGAAGUUUUAUUGAGGCAAAGAAAGGAACAUAGGCUCUACUAGGCUGUUCUACUUAGCAACAGAAAAAGGAACCCCCCCCCCCACUACCUAGGACUCUCCCUUGG